AUGUUGUUUGCCGUCUUAGCCGUACUAAUUACAGUACAGAGCUCAUUUUGCAAUGAAUUAAAUCAAACAACUUGUCGACCGAAAGCAACGCAGAAGAAUACAUCAAUAAUCCUGAAAGACCUUCGUCGUGAAAUGCAAAACAUCGGUAUUGGUAUAUAUAUUAUUCUUUCCGGAGAUGAACAUGGCAGCGAAUAUACUCAAGAGUACGAUAAACGCCGUGAGUGGCUCACAGGAUUCCAUGGUUCAUCUGGUAUAGCAAUCGUGACGCUACAAACAGCAGCUCUCUGGACAGACAGUCGAUAUUUUACACAAGCCGAAGAAGAAUUAGAUUGUGCUAAUUGGCUUCUAAUGAGAGACAGAGCUGCAGGUGUACCGACUGUUACUCAAUGGUUAUUAACUAUGGGAAAUCAAACGAGAUUACCAAUCGGCGGAACACCUACAUUUGCUCCUUCGUCCAAGUGGAUAACGAUCAACAAAGCAUUGAAACAGAUUGGUAAACAGCUUCAACCUGUCGAUGACCUUGUCACUCGUAUAUGGCCUAACGAAGAACGUCCAAAGCCAUUACAAAAUCCUAUUGUUGAACACGAUAUUAAAUAUGCUGGAGAAACCGUUCAAGAAAAAUUACAAAAAACGACGAGAUCAAUGAAACGUCGUGGUAUCACAGCAACGAUUAUCAGUGCUCUCGAUGAAGUUGCGUGGCAAUUUAACUUACGUGGGGCAGAUAUUCCGUACAAUCCAUUUUUCAAAUCAUACGCUAUUAUUUAUACUGAUUAUAUCAAUCGACUACCAGAAUUAUUUGUCAAUUUAGCACAACUCAAUGGGACUAUGUAUCCAAUAGGCGUCAAGGUCUUCGAUUAUGUCGCGUUUUGGCAAUAUUUGAAUCGAACAGUAGCAGAUCCGACAGUAAAGAAAAUCUGGAUUGAUCCACAGGUGUCUCAAGCCAUAUACGGUUCGAUUCCUGCUGAGAAAUUGAUGUUACCUUUGCUAAAUUCUCCAGUGCAACGUGUGAAAGCGCAAAAGAACCGAGUUGAACGACAUGGCAUGAGGAUUUCUCAAAUUCGAGAUUCGGUUGCUCGUCUAAAACAUCUCGGAUGGAUUGAAGAACAAUUGAAAGCAGGAAUACCGAUUAAUGAGUCAAGUGCAGCCGACCAAUUGCUUGUCUAUCAAAAACAACAAAGUAAUUUUCAAUUUCCAAGCUUCAAAGCAAUCUCAGGAUCGGGAGAGAACGCUGCGCUUCCUCAUUAUUCACCUGAACCAAAAACAGCACGACCAAUAACAAAAGAUCAAGUUUAUCUGUUGGACGCCGGCAGUCAAUAUCUUGAUGGUACAACUGAUAUAACGCGGACACAUCAUUUCGGUACACCGACGGAUGUAGAACGGCGUGCUUAUACUCGAGUUCUGCAAGGUGUGCUUGAUAUUGCCGAUGCCAUUUUCCCUCUUGGUACUUACGGUAGAUCCAUCGAUUAUCUUGCCCGUAUGCAUUUGUUUCGCGAUGGAAUGAUCUAUGGUCAUUCAACUGGACAUGGUGUUGGCUAUUUCUUGGGUGUCCAUGAAGGCCCGCAAAGUAUUGGAUAUAGUUAUGAUCAAUAUGAAGAACCACUACUUGAAGGAGUAUUUAUUUCCGAUGAACCCGGAUUUUAUAAAGUACAUGAUUUUGGCAUACGUAUAGAAAACGUCAUGGAAAUUGUGCGUGCUAAUAAUAGCGUUUACAACAAGGAACAAUUCCUGCGUUUCAAUACGAUCACAUAUCUGCCAUAUGAACGUUCAAUGAUCGAUGUUAGUUUGCUAACAAUUAAACAGUAUAACACCAUCAAUCAAUAUCAUAAAGAAGUUGCUGAAAUGCUCGAGCCAUUACUGAAAGAUGAUCUGGCUGCUUUAAGGGCAUUACAUUCGCGUACAAAACGCUUAGAUCCGCUUCCAUUUAUAAAUCUGAAGAUUUCGAGAUCAGAAAAUGACGCUCACGCUAUGACUAGCUCACGAUUUAUAAUAGCAUUUCUACCCUUGCUUAUUGAAGUACCAAGCCAAACUACCAAUCCAACCCUAUUAUAUGAAAUUCUUCUCUUCUUUACUACUUAUUCACCCAUCAGUUAUAUAUUUCCGUCUGAAUUCGUUGUGCUUUUCGUUCGACUGGUCGAAAUCAAUUGCAUGUCUUGUAUAACAACAGAUCACUAG